AUGGCUGUUGCUUUAGCGUCAAAUGCAACCAGUGAGGUUCUGGAAGGCACACGGGCAUCAAAGAACCCUUUAGAUGCCACUGCGUCCUUGAUGCGUCUGGUCUUGACACUGAUUGUCAUGUUGGUUGGAGUGCCAGGUAACUGUCUCAUCCUCCGUGUCUACUGGACCAAGAUUCGUAAGACCAGCACCCACGUCUUAGUCAUGGCCUUAGCCUGGGCAGAUCUCGCUGUCUGCGCGCUAAGACUUUUUACGAUGUUGUUUGCACUUCUGCUUUUCGCAAAUUACAAUGUGAAAGAAAUCUACGUUGCAAGCCUGCCGUUUCAAAAUGCAGCUGUCGCUACAUCUGUGCUAUUUACCACUCUGAUCGCCGCAGACCGUUACGACUGUGUCUGCCGUCCACAAAGGCGGUUUUUCACCCCACGGCGGGCUAAGAUCUUGGUCUCAGUUGCUUCGCUGCUUGCAACAAUCUGUAAUGUACCCGACCUCCUCGCAGAUUUUCAUGAAGCGCCUACGUCCGAUAUCUUGGAAACAACUGUGUUGGUAGGCUCAGUGUUUUCUUUUGCAGUGGCACUGGUCGUAAUUGCCGUGUGUUACGGGAAGGUUUUCGCGACCAUCAGGAAGCACGUUAGAGUCGGUGCGGCCGUCCAAAGGUCCACCCGAGACGAGAGAGGCUCCAUGCACCGGGACAUCGAACUGCCAACCCGCCCCACACAACCCAUACCGAUCUCCCCAGAAACCAAUGAUAAUCUACAAACUGUAAGUGGCGAUAAGGUUGAAGUACCGACUGUUAUCAACGAACCCAACUCAGAUUUUCGAAACCUCGUGCCAAAGAACGAUGCAGUGCCGAAUCAAACCGGUCAGGGUUCGUCACAAGGUGGGAACUCCUUAGAUCACCAGUCUGGACCAGGAAAAUGUGCCACGGCAGAGACAGGCAUGUUUACUGCGAGUGGGGAUAGACGUUAUCACCAAGAACAAGCUAACGGACACGCCCUUCAAAGGGCGGGUGCAGCAGUCCUACAGCGAAAAACAACAAGGAUGCUCUUCAUCACCAGUGUGGUGUUCCUGUUGACCUGGCUACCUUAUUGGGUCUACGUUGCCAUGGAAAUUGCUUCCUUUUGUGGCGUUAACAUCGACCCAGAUUCUGUGAGUCUGACCUACGGCUUUGCUGGCCUGCUUUUUGCCAACCACGCUGCUAACCCGAUAAUUUACGGACUUGCAAACAGACGAUUCAGAACAGAUUGUAAGAAAGUGCUCAUCAAGAUUAGAUGCUGUUGA